CUCACUUUUACGAUUUCAACUUUGCAACUACCCUAUUGUUCUAAGAGUGAAUUGAUUUUUUUUUGUCUUUAUUCUUUAACUACUUUACUAAAAUACCCUCUUUGUUUUAACUCCUUGCUUUCACGUAAUCUUUGGAUUUGGUGGUGUUUUGCAAAAGCAAAAGCAGCAAUUGAGGUGUUUAUAGCUUAUAAACACUGUUUAUAUCAUGGCUGGGUAUAAUGAGUUAGUUCCAAUACAACGAUUCAAUAUUCAGUCUUUGAAAUUCCUUUCACAGAAUGGCAAUGAAAUACUAAAUAUUCAAUCCUCAGAAUCAUCUUUUUUUGACUCAAAGUACCGGUUUUCGCGUAGGAAUCAUGAACCGGUUGAGUUCAUUCAAGUUCGCGAAGAAGAAGGGCCCAUGGUGAAAGUUAUCGAAGAAGACGGUUUAGAGCUGUCUUUUAAAUUGAUCGUACGUGCUUCUGAGACGAAGCGAGAACUUACAAACUUAACUUUUAUUCAUGGUUCCUCUCCACAAGAAAUAGACAGACUCAUAACGCGCGAGUUUUCUACAGAUGCAAACUUUCAAAACCACCACCAAGUGGCUUUGGUUGGUGAUGUUUCCUUUGCGCCAAACGAAAGCGAGCGACUGCUCGAAUGGAAAUGGCAAUACAGCCACUAUAGUUCCUUAUAUUACUACAGCAGUGGAUGCCCUAACUAUAUUUGUUUUGCUGAAUAUGAUAAGCGGUUGAACCGGCUCGUACCUUUACAAACUUUUCAAUUUUGGUUAGUGGAAUCUGAGCAAGACUCUACACCGGCUACGCCGAGCUUUACUUUGCGCCUUGCCGAAGACGGUGCAAUCAGUCCAGAGGUACCAGAACCGCAUUCGUUGCUAACUGCCACCGAGCAAUUUCCAAUCCAAUCUCCUCCACCUUCCAAUGUCAAUCCAACCUCUAGAGAACUUGAUCAAACAGAACCGGAAGACGGCCCUCUUUUCCGAGCUACUAUCCUUAAUUUUGAAAGAACCACACAUGAAAUGCGAAUGGCUAUGAAAAAAUUAAUCAAACGUGCAGAUCAAGUUGCUCAUUCCCAUGGUAUGCUGUACAUGUCUCAUAAGGAAUUCGUCGAUGCCUUCGAAAGAGCAGCAAAGAUCAACCCACCAGCCUUUAAACCGUUUUUAGACUAUUAUUAUGAGAAUUGUGCUAAAUCUUUGGAUAAUCUUAAUAUUGAUCGAGCUCAUUUGUUGAGGAACUCUUUAAUAGAACCUCUUCGAAGGAUUUAUGAUAAUGAUAUAAAAAACGCGUACUCAAAAAAAAAAGAUUUCGAGGAAACAAGUCGUGAUUACUAUACCUCUUUAACUCGUUAUCUAUCGAAAAGCGAAAAAGUCUCUUCUGCCGAUAAAGCUAAAGAGUCAAAGUUUUCAGCAAAAAGAAGGGACUUUGAACUUUCAAGAUUUGACUACUACUCUUAUAUGCAGGACAUCAAUGGAGGAAGAAAAGGUCAGGAAGUUUUGUCUGCACUUACCUCUUUUGCUGCUAAUGACUACAGCUUGAUUCAUUCUACUAUGGCAGAAAUAGAUUCAAUUCGACCAAGCAUCAUAAUGCUUCAGGAUGUUGUUAAUGAAGCUAACAAAGAGUUUUUGCUUUUGCGAGCUGAACGUGAAGAGAGAAGAAGACUUUUAGAAACUAGUAGUCGUGAGUUAGAUGAUCAAGAUGCAGAAAUUGCUGCUCAAGCUUACCGAGCCAAAAUCGGUCAAGAUACUUCGGCUAAGCAGGGUUUACUGUUAGCUUUUGCAAAAUCUAAUAGUGAUUUACAGAUGGUAUCAAAAGCUGGGUGGCAUAAAUACUGGGUGGUAUUAGAUCAUGGUAAAAUUUGCGAAUAUUCCAAUUGGAAGCAAUCUUUAGAACUUCAUGAGGAGCCUAUUGAUCUAUUAAUGGCAACAGUUCGGAUUCCUCAAUCCUUUCCUAGAAAAUUUUGCUUUGAGUUAAUCACUCCUCAGUUACGUCGAAUUUAUCAGGCGACUUCCAAGACGGAAAUGCAUUCUUGGGUUGAAGCCAUACAGUAUGCUAUUAGCGAAAGUAUUUCACUCAAGGGAAGAAGACAUUCUGCUUCCGAGGAUUCUACCAUUAAUAAAUAUGGAUCAACGUCUUCGAUUGGUAAAGCUUUACAGCGUGUUGCUUCGGUGACCUCCCCUGGACGAUACAGCGGGAGUGGAGGAGACUUAAAAGAUAAAAAGGCGCAGAAACCAAUUUCCCUCUCGAAAGCGGUAAAAGAAUCACAAAUUAGUGACCAAUAUUGUGCUGAUUGUCGCUUUACAUCACGAGUGGAAUGGUGUGCUAUUAAUUUUCCGGCUGUCUUGUGUAUAGAUUGUUCAGGAAUUCACAGAUCUUUAGGAACCCAUGUGUCAAAGGUGAGAUCACUAGAUUUGGACAAACUUUCGACAGAGACAGUAGAAUUGCUGCGAGCCACUGGGAAUCAAUUAAUUAAUGAAGUUUACGAAGCUAAACUUAGUGAACCGAACGCGAAAUCAAUUGAAAACCAAGAGGAAAGGGCUUCUUUUAUUAAAGAAAAAUAUGUACAAAAGCUUUAUGUUCAAGCUAUAGCCGAUUCAGAUGUAAAUGCUGCAUUAUAUGAUGCUGUUGAACGAGGGGAUUUGAAGCAAGUAAUUCUGCGCAUCGCACAGGGUGCAGAUGUUAACUAUCAAUCAGUGAUUCUUGUAUCCCUUCGUAAGAGCAAUUAUUUAAUUGCUGAAUUGUUGAGUUUGAAUGGUGCAGGUUUAAAUUUCGAUGAAGCUAUCAUGGAUACGCUUCCAGCGCGGGCGCAAGCGUUUCUUAUGACUAGGUCGACCAAUUAACCAUAUGUAAGAUAAAUUUUAUUCUCGUUGUUUAUGGAUACAGUUUUAAUUUCCACUUGUUAUGAAUAAUAUGAUGUUGACAAGUAAGGCUUGUUUACUUUUCGGAAAACUAUUUUUAUAGGCUUAAUAAACAGGAAAAAUAGCUACAUAGGAACAGCUACAUUUCGCCAUGCGAACUUUUACAAGAUAAUAGAAUAUCAGUGAUAGCUGACUGUUUUUUUGGUUACCUUGGUGGAGAAUUGAGUGUAUUGAAUAUUUUAGUACGCGGCUAUGAACGACAAACACUCUAGUCUUGGCUCUUGGCUCUUCUCUUGGCAAGGCGCUUGCCAGUACCAAAGACCUUCUUGCCUCUGUUCUUACGUUGCUUGCGUUGUUGACGGGCAACCUUUUCGAUGGGUUGGGCUUGACCAACACGGACAAGACGGUAAUGAGGUUCAAACUUCUUCAAAGCCUCAUUGGAGUCGUAGAUCAAGGCAAAACCAGUAGACCUGCCACCACCAAAUUGAGUACGAAGACCAAAGGCAGUAAUAUUCUCGGCAUCGGUCUUGUACAUUUGAGCCAACUUUUCGCGAAGUUCAUUCUUAGAAAGAUUGGCCUUACCAGGGUGAAGAAUAUCGACGACCUGUUCUAGUUAGAUUUUACUAUUCUUCAAAACCGUUCUACGUUAACUUGACAUUCAGCUAUUCAAGCCAAAACCAAGUGUUUUCACUUACCAUCUGCUUUCUUUGAAGCAAGCGGUUAGUCAUAAACUUGCGAGUUCUGAUUGUCACGGCCUCACUCAUUUUAGCAACUUGUGGUGACUGAUGGUGGUAAAGAAAGGAUUCUCAGUCGAGUACAGGAUUUUGCCUGGUGGAGGAAACUGUGACUGCUUUUUUGGUUAUGGAAAGUCUUUAACGCACCUUGACAUGGCGUGGUAAAUGUCGUCCAACUUGUUUCGUUAAAGCUCGGUAAAGUGCAAUUCACUUAUCUGAUCAAUCUCACAAUUGUAAAGGCCAUCGGUUCCGUAGUCUGUAAACAAACCAGAGCCAUCCCGUUUGAGUUGUAACACAUCGUGAUUUAAC